AUCAAUAUCAACACUGUCACUCGGGAAGACUCCUGCCAAACUGCAGUUUCCGGCAAUAGCAUUGGUGCUGCCAUCUUAACAGUCUCAGAGCCUUCCUCCUCGGUUGCCGCUGUAAUCACUGAAUCAAGUGACGAAGAGACAAUCUCUGUCACUGCGGCUGAAGUUGAUAUUGAUCAUUCUAGCUUUGCGCACAUCAACGAACCAAGUUCUCCUAAUUCCAGGCGAUCACAUCAGCAAGCCUCCUUGACUCCCAAGGGAACGGCAACUGCUCGCCAGCCCCCUGGCAAGCCAUCUGGAUCAUCUGAAUUCAGCUCUACUCCUACAGAACAUACUGCGGUUUUAGCACCUCCGGUUAAUUUGCAACCGCCACAUCCAUCUCCUUUCUCGCACCUUCACUUAGUCAACGUACCCGUGGCCGCUCUCGUCGACCUACUUUUACGACCGACUCCAGAGCUCUCUAACGAGCAGCUUAUCCAGAUGAUACAAUUGACUAUCGAUGCCGUCCAACAUCGAAUGAAAAUUCUCUUCGAGUCCAAUGACCGAGAAACUCGGGCACUGCAGUCAAUCCGGGCGGCAACUUGCCCACUCAACCUUUGUCUAAUGGAUCCUGCUUGGAUGCCUUGGGUCUGA